AUGGACGUUCUGCACGACACACCACUCGGCAAGAUCAUACAGCUUUGCGCCGGCGGGAGAAUUCGACAGCUUCAGUAUUACGAGGAAAGGAAUCCAUGGGUAUGGCGCAGGUAUGUCGAGCAGGCGGAGGAGGAGCAGGGCAGUCCCACGACGGCUUCCGUGACGACGGCGCCGAGCGGGAGCCAGGAGGAAGGACCUUCGGAGGCGUCAGAGGUGAGCGACGUCAGAGUCGACUCGGAGAAGGGAGCGGAUAUGCGCCUGGUCGAGUUCCUUCCCAAUGACCCGGAGAAUCCCCAGAACUGGUCGCUGAACAAGAAGUUGUUCGUCACCUUUCAAAUAUGUCUCCUCACGACGGCCAUUUACAUCGGCUCGGCCAUCUACGCUGCGGGUGUUGCGGACGUCGCGCGCACAUUCGGCGUCAGUCCAGUCGCCGGCGUCUUGGGACUUACGUUGUUCGUCGCUGGGUACGGACUUGGGCCGAUGUUCUGGAGUCCAAUCUCCGAGACCCCGAACAUCGGCCGGAACCCCGUCUACAUCGGCACUCUCGCCCUCUUCAUCCUGCUCCAGAUUCCGACUGUUCUGGCCGUCAACUUCGGCAUGCUUCUCGCUUUUCGCUUCCUCACGGGGUUCGUCGGAUCGCCGGUCUUAGCAGUUGGGGGCGCUUCACUGGCAGAGAUUUGGUCGCCGAAGAAACGAGCGUAUGCAAUUUGUAUUUGGGGUAUCGCUGCUGUCUGCGGUCCGACGGUAGGACCCAUCGUCAGCGGCUUCGCGGUCGACGCCAACGGAUGGACCUGGACCAUCCUGGAACUGAUCUGGAUCAGCAGUUUCGCCUUCGUGCUGCUCUUCAUUUUCCUCCCGGAGACAAGCUCCAGCAACAUCCUGUACCGUCGCGUACGGCGCAUCCGCAAGCUGACCGGUAACGACAAGCUCAUCAGCAGACCCGAGCUCGUCGCCGAGACCAUGACCAGACGGGACAUCGUGCAGAUGCUCCUCGUGCGCCCCUUCACCCUCAACUUCACCGAGCCGAUGGUCUUCCUCCUCAACCUCUACACGGCCCUGAUCUACGGGCUGCUGUACAUCUGGUUCGAGUCCUUCGCCGUCGUCUUCCGCGGCAUCUACGGCUUCAACACGGGGCUGGUGGGGCUGUCGUUCCUUGGCAUCUUCGUCGGCGCCAUCAUCGUGAUCCCCCCGUUCUUCUGGUACCUGCACAGGUACCUCGAGCCCGAGUUCGACGACAACGGCUUCAUCCAGCCGGAGAAGCGUCUCCCGCCGGCCUUUGUCGGCGGCGUCGCGAUUCCCAUCUGCCUCUUCUGGUUCGGGUGGUCGUCGCGCCAGAGCAUCAACUGGAUCAUGCCCAUUAUUGGGUCUGCCUGGUUCAGCAUCGGGUCCUUCUUGCUCUUCAACCCCGUGCUGAACUAUCUGACCGACGCCUAUCCCGAAUACGCCGCGUCCGUGCUUGCUGGCAACGACUUGUUCCGGAGCGCGUUCGGCGCCGGGUUUCCCAUGUUCGCGACGGCCAUGUACACCAGGCUCGGUGUCGGGUGGGCUAGUUCGCUGCUGGCCUUUCUUGCGAUUAUCUUCAUACCCAUUCCGAUCAUCUUGUGGAGGCACGUCAACCGAUUGAUCACGGCCCAGACGAUGGCCAUCACGUACAUUGACGGGGCCGAUGGCUUCGCGAGGACUGUCCUCAGAGGCUGCCUGCUCCUGGUGGCUCUUGGCGUCUUGUACACCCUGGCUCAAGGAGUGAGGGUUCGAUAUCUGUUCUGGCGAUUGAAGACGAACGGCGUCCCGAUCAUGCCACACUCACUCCUCUUCGGCCAUUUCCCCGUCCUCGCCAAGCUCACCGCCGGCCUCCCGAAAGACAUCCACAUCAACUACAUCUCCCAGCUGGUGUACGAGAACUGGCAAACCUACUUCCCCGACCGGAAGACGUGCCCGGCCUUCGCCUACAUCGACCUCUGGCCGCUGGCGCCGCCGAUGAUCCACAUUAUUGACCCCGAGGUGGGCUGGCAGAUCAUCGGCGACCCGACGGUCAGGCGGAGCGACAACACCAUGCUGUUCCUGGGGCCGCUCACGGAGAACCUCGACAUGGCCAGUAUGGAAGGCGCCGAGUGGAAAAUGUGGCGCUCGCGGUUCAACCCGGCGUUCAGCCCCAAGAACGUCCUGUCCCUCGUCCCCGGCAUGAUCGACGACGUCGAGAUCUUCGCCGGCCUCGUCCGGAAACACGCCGGCGCCGUCGACGGGGAAUGGGGCGGCGUCUUCACGCUCGAGGACCUGACGACGAACCUGACCAUCGACAUCAUCGCGCGCGCGGCCCUCGGCAUCGAGCUGCGCGAGCAGACCGACGGGCCGAGCAAGUUGAAGUCCAGCCUCCUGGCGCAGAUGAAACUGAUGCGGGUCAAGGUCAACAUCUUCGAGAACGUGUGGUCGUACAACCCCGUCCGCCAGUGGAAGCUGGCGCGGAACAGGAGACAUCUGAAGGAGGAGCUCUACGGGCCCGUCGUGGCGUGCCUGAACAGAGACGGCGGCGGCGGGGGGUCGAGGACGUUGGUCGACCAGGCGAUGCAGCCCCUGAAGGAGCUCGCCGACGAGGGGAAGACGCCGCCGCCCGACGCCAGGUUCAUCACGACCGUCAUCAGCCAGAUGAAGAUCUUCAUGUUCGCCGGGCACGACACGACGGCGACGUCGAUCUGCUGGAUCCUCCACAACGUGGCCAAGAACCCCGAGGUCGCCCGGAAGAUGCGGGCCGAGCACGACGAGGUGCUGGGGAGGGACUUGUCCGGGGCGAGGGCGCGCCUCGUCGAGGCCCCGCACCUGCUCAACUCGCUGGUGUACACGUCGGCCGUCGUCAAGGAGACGCUGCGGCUGUACCCGGUCGUCGGGUCGCUCCGCGAGGGUAGCUCUCGGUACUCGAUCGUGGACCGGGAGACGGGAGUGGUUUGUCCGACGGAGGACUUCGCGAUGUGGGACGGUCCCAAGGCGGUUUCUCGUGAGGAUAAGCUGUGGCUGCGGGCCAAUGAGUUCAUUCCGGAGCGGUGGUUGACUACGGACCCGACGGAUCCGUUGUACCCGCCCAAGAGUGCAUGGAGGCCUUUCGGGAACGGUCCGCGAGUGUGUAUCGGGAUGGAGCUUGCCAAUACGGAGAUGAAACUGGCGUGUGUGUUUUUGGUGAGGGAGUUUGAUAUCGACUGUGCCUGGGAUGAAUGGGACGCGCUGAGGAAUUUCACAGGCCCGAAGGAGACGAUGGAGGGCCAUCGGUGCUAUCAGAUGGGACCGGGCACCCCGCAUGUCAAGGACGGGAUGCCCAUCCACGUCCGCCGCCGCCGGGAGGCUACGAGCUAA